AAAAUCAAUCCAUCUUUUAGUCACAUGACCAGCAAAAUGGCAGCUUCCACGAAAAUAAGCAGUGUAUUUCGUCCCAGUCUCUUCAAAGACAAAGUUGCAAUUGUGACAGGUGGCGGAACCGGAAUAGGAAAAGCAAUAACACAAGAACUGCUAUUUUUGGGUUGCAAUGUAAUGAUAGCAUCCAGAAAUAUAGAGAGAUUGGCACAUUCUGCAGAUCAAAUAAGAAAUGACAUUAAACCCUACAACAGUCGUGUACGCCUGGAACACAUGCAGUGUAACAUCAGAAAUGAGGAGCAGGUUCAGAAUCUUAUCUCUACAACCCUGACAAAAUUUGGCAAGCUGGACUUCCUCGUCAACAAUGGCGGUGGACAGUUUCCCAGCCCUGCAGCCGACAUACGUCUGAAAGGCUGGAAUGCUGUUAUAGAGACCAACCUCACUGGAACCUUCCUCUGUUGCCGGGAGGCCUAUAAACAGUGGUUUGAGGAACAUGGAGGAGUCAUUGUGAACAUCAUAGCUGACAUGUGGAAAGGCUUCCCCAUGAUGAGCCACACAGGAGCUGCAAGGGCUGCAGUGGACAAUCUCACCAAGUCUCUGGCAAUUGAGUGGGCUGACAAGGGAGUCAGGGUGAACUCAGUAGCACCGGGCAGCUCCAUUUACUCCGAAACUGCUGCGGCCAACUACGGCUCUGCAGAUAUCUUCAACAGUUACAUCCCCAAGGUUCCUGCCCAGCGCCUGGGGCGGGUAGAGGAGGUAUCGUCCUGUGUAUGUUACCUGCUGUCUCCAGCAGCCAGUUUCAUCUCUGGAGAGACAGUGAAAGUAGAUGCUGGGGCCAGUCUAUACAGUACCAUGUGGACAAUACCAGAUCACAACAAGUUGCCUGCCUACUCAUGGGACAAUGACAGUUCUGUUGCUGCUGCUGAUGAUGAUAAUGAUGACAGUGGUGGUAGUGGUACAAAGUCUAAGCUGUGAUAACAAGUGCGAUAUGAGACUGUUGUAUGGGGCUGUGAUAACCAGUGUGAUUGAACCUAGAGCAUGUCCGUUCAGUGACAGGCUGAUCGCAGGCUGAUCAAAGACGGCACUUUCGGCAUAAAAUGGAUUUUUGCUCAGUAGAUACUUCUUAAAAUUAAAAUAAAAUAAAAGCUUAAUCUGGAAAGAUAAUUAAUGUCCAUGCAUUAAGCCCUGUUUUCCAACAGUGAGGCUCAUUUAUUACACUAUAUUUAUAGUGCAGAGGUUUCAUGUAACCAAGUUUAUAGUGGUAUUUACAUCUGUGUGUUCCUUUCUGUAUGACAGGUUACCUUUUAGUUUCAUAUUAAAUAACAAAUUAACCCGACAUGUAAGAGGUACACAUUCCUCUUGAUUGUUGUAAUUUGUUUAAUCCAUUUGAAUAAUUGUUGAUGGAAAAGUUAUUCCUUCAACAAAUAAGAACAGAUUCCCAAAAUGUGUUUAUUGUUUGAGUGUAUUAUUUUUAGUGUAUGCAUUACAAUGAUCUUAAGAAGACACUACCGUCAGCUGUUUAAAUUACAGUCAACAUUCCAGAAUUAAAAAAGAAUUACAUGUGUAUGGUAUACUUGUACAUCGAUUCUGUGAUUUAAAUAUGUUGAUAAAUGACAUAAAUGAUAUAAUAUUGUUUAAGUGAUAUUGUUUCGUCAAGUCCAGCACAGACGUUUCACAUAACAGUUUUCAAAGUGAUCUAUCUAUCUAUCUAGACGUUUCACAUAACAGUUUUCAUAGUGAAUUUUAUGCAAUAAAUAGGAGCGCAUUACGGUAAUGUUAUGCUCUUACACCUAUACAAUGCGAGAUCUUGUUGAUUGAUACUAAUUCUUAAAACAACUGUCAGUAUCUCUGAUACUAUUUUCUUCAAACAACUGUUAUUAUUUUAUUCACGUGAUCCUUAACGAUCAUACCAUGUGCAUUGAAUGUUAGAAUUUCAUGAAACUGUAUCCUACGUGUCUAUAUCAAGAGGAUUUAGUAUUUCACUAAAAGGUUUACUUAAAGUGUAUGAAAUGGUACACCACAAGUACAUACGAUGUAGAUUGACUUUUAGUAUUUCAUUAAACGGUUUACUUUUGAGUUCAUACGAUGUAGAUUUCUAUGUUCUCGGUGAAGCUUAAAUAAACAUAAAACUGUUUUUGGGGCGUUAGUCUGUCAUAUUCAUUCUUUUGUUAUUUGAUUUGGCCAAGGUUAAAGUUCUGCUUGCUUGAAAAACUUCUUACAAGUCUUAACCAUGAAAUGCAACUCCGUUGACUAUGUACUUCACAGAUUCAUGCCACUUUUAAUCUGAUCAAUUGUAUUGCAAACUGAGCUGUGCUCUGGGAAAAGCGUGCUAAAACAUGUGCGUAAAGUAUCUCACAGAUUAGCCUCUGAUGUUUGCACAGGCUUAAAAGGGAUGUCACUUUGUGUUUUAAUUGCAUUUAUCGUUUAAAGGAAGUCUCUUGUAACGAAAAUCCAGUAUAGGCAGUGUGUCGUUCAUGAUUAGCGUGUUGACACCCUAUAGAAUAAUCUGGGACGAUACUUUACGGACAUGCAUUAAGCCCGGUUUUCCAGAGCGAGGCUCACAUAUUCUGUUUGAUGUUAAAACGACAUUUACUGAGGGCGUCAUAGGGUUAUAUGUUACCCGAUUGUUGACAGCCAAUUGUUUGGCCUUGUAUUAAUGUUAAAUAUAAAUUUUAAAAAAUG